AAAAAAUAAAGUGGAUCAUUUCCCACAUACCCAGAUCAAGGUCAAACAUUUGGACACACCAAAUGCAGUUCCCAGACAGUUCCUACAUUAAAUAUUUUACAUAUUCGAGUCCUAAUUAAAUACAACUAACCAAAUGUGAUAAUUAGAAAGGUAAAUCUCUAAAUAUGGCUCAAAGUACGAGUGGUACGUCCUCGAGGCGUCACGUAAGGGAUCAAGAUUCGGCUUCUGUUGCUUCUUCGAGAUGUACCGAUGCAGAAUGGGAAGCAAAGGAAGCCUUACGCCAAAGGGAAUUGGAAGAGGCAAGAGCGCGUGCCGCCCAAAUGGAGAAAACAAUGAGGUGGUGGUCCGACUGCACUGCAAAUUGGCGCGAGAAGUGGAGCAAAGUGAGGAGCGAACGUAACAAGGCGCGGGACGAAGCCAAGCAGCUCAGAAGUAAACUAGAUAGCGCGUUAAAGGAUGCCAACGUGUACAAACGCGAGAAGCAAGAGAUUGAGCUGCAAAACGAACAGCUCAAGAAGGAAAUCGAAAAGAUACAUCUUCUGCUGUUAAAGCACGCCGGUCAGUUCGAUGGGCAAAUUUUCGAGGCUCUAGGCGAAGAUCCUUUGCGAGAUUUUACUUUUAGCCAAACUCACGAGUCGCCGACGAAAAAUUGCGAACUGCAAAACGGGUUGGGGACAGAUUGUGAUAGUACCACCACUUCGCUUUUGGAGCUCGACAAGGAUGCGUCCAUUGAGGAGUACAUUUUACAAGGUGCAGUACCGCGUCAUAUCGAAUACAAAGAUGCGAAUAUCGACGAUUCGUUAACUAAUGGCUUUGAUUGCAAAAGUGAAAGGGUGCCGCGUAAGGAAGAAUACGACGAGGAGUACAUGUUUCAGAAGAUGUCGAUGUUACAGUUAAGGCUGGAGGAGGCCACCAAAACCUUGCAGGUGGAAAGAGAAGAGAAACUGAUGUUACACCGUAACGUUGAGAGACUGUCGGGGGAGUGUCAAGAAGCCAAAGAGAAGUGUGAGGAAUUCCGACAGGCAAGGCAAGAUGCCGUAAGGGAAUUGCUAUCGUUGCAAGACCAGCAUCAGGAGGAGGUGCAACUUAUACGGGCAGAUUUACAGGAUGAGGCAAAUUCUCGCGAGGGCAUGGAUAGGAGGAUAAAUGAUUUGAGGGCAGAGUUGGAAAGGCUCCAAACUGAAAACGCAGCGGAGUGGGGCAAGCGAGAGCGUUUAGAGACCGAAAAGCUAAGCUUAGAGCGCGAAAACAAAAAGCUCAGGGGGGAACUGCGGGACCUACACGAACGAUUGGAGAGGAAAGGUAGACCGCUGACGAACUCCGACGCCGAACUUCGACAGUUACAGCAGGAACUAAUCGACAAGAAUAAGGAAAUAUCCGAAUUGAAGCACUCGCAAAACAAACUGAAAAAAAUGGUGCAGGACAAAAUAACCGAACUGGCACACACGGUGAGGCGAGCCGAGCAGUACGAGACGGAAGUGAAGAAGCUGCGAAAUCGCGUCGAGGAGCUGAAACGCGAUUUGGCAGUCGCCGAAGACGAGCUGGACACCGCCUCGAAUAAUAUACGUAAACUACAACGUACAAAUGACGAGCUGCAGGAGCAGGUGGACAACUUCCAAGUUCAAUUGCAGCACCUCCACACUAGCGAGGAAAAGGAGGACGGCGGUGAAGAGAUGGCGGUUCUCGAGGAAGGCGAUUGCAUUACGUAACUGCAGCUCUUCCAGUUUAUUCUCUCAUCGAGGAACUCGCCUGGCCGAAGACGGAAGCGAUGAAGAGUUGAACGAAUACUGAACUGUAAUUUAAAGGUGUAACUAUUUUUAAUCGUACAAAUGAAGCGGGUUUAAAAAUAACGGUGGAUUAGCGGAGGUGAAGGUUUUUAAAAUACGUGUCGUAUCACUAUACAUAUUAACGUUAACUCACGUAAGCUUGUAGGAAGUAAGUCACUACACAAAUUCUGAUCGCGUGUUAUUUGUCGACAAUCACCAGAAGCAAUGUUUUCGUGUUCCGCUUUAUUCGGCUUACUAACUUUUUUAUACAUACACAGCAAACCUAAUGUGUUGUGGCUCAUUGGUCGCAGUACUCACCUCAAUUUUGUAUAGAUACUUCAGUAGAAAAACGUUUAUUGCUAUACACUGCAUUCAAGAUAUGCACGAUUUUGUGGAAAUAUUCGAUCCAAAAUCUGUACAUCGUUCAUUCUUGAACGUAGUGUAUAGUUACCGACUGAUAAAACGCCCAGACUGAAACGGUUGUAGAUAGUAAAUAUAUAUGACUUAUUAGAUGAAGUAUGGGAAUGUAAA